AUGGCAAGAAAAAGUCUUUUGCUUUUAGCUGCUGUGGCUAUCGCAGCCAUUACAUUCCAGCAAGGUGAGUUUGUGAUCACAAAUGUUAAAAAAUAUGUAAACAAUGAAAAAGAAGAAAGAAGGGCGCGAUCACGAGAAAUUGAAAGUUUCGAAAAAGAAAAAAAUGUAAAAAAAUCAACAAUUACGUGA